UUUCGACUUGUUUCAUAUAAAUAUCACUGCAUUUCCUGUUAUGUCUGAACCCACUUUACCACUAUCUCAGUUGGCAAUGUUGUCUCUCCCAUAUGCUCAAGUUGACUCCACCUUACGAGCUCUUGCCGGCCAAGCUGAAGGCUUUGGUCGCUGCGCCAUCGGUGGCCUUCAUGGUCCCCUUUAUCACGUUACCACCCUCGCAGAUGAUGGGCCCGGAUCACUUCGUUAUGGUUGCCGCAAAGAAGAUCCUCUCUGGAUUGUUUUCGAAGUUUCAGGCACCAUUGAACUCUCCUCUUACUUGAAUGUGUCAUCACAUAAGACCAUAGAUGGGCGGGGCCAAAGGAUCAAGCUCACUGGAAAGGGCUUGAGGCUAAAGGAAUGUGAACAUGUCAUCAUAUGCAACCUAGAGUUUGAAGGGGGUAGAGGACACGAUGUGGAUGCUAUUCAAAUUAAACCUCACUCAAAGCAUAUAUGGAUUGAUCGCUGCAGCCUUCGUGAUUAUGCAGAUGCCCUGAUUGAUAUCACACGAGAAAGCACAGAUAUUACUAUUUCACGAUGUCACUUCUCACAGCACGACAAGACAAUGCUCAUUGGAGCAGACGCUUCUCAUACUGGUGACAGAUGCAUUCGUAUUACCAUACACCACUGUUUCUUUGAUGGGACUAGACAGCGGCAUCCUCGUGUCAGAUUUGCGAAAGUACAUCUGUACAAUAAUUACACAAGAAACUGGGGAAUCUAUGCCAUUUGUGCUAGUGUAGAAUCACAGAUAUACUCGCAAUGCAAUAUUUAUGAAGCAGGACAGAAGAAGGUAGCAUUUAAAUAUCUUACAGAGAAGGCUGGUGACAAGGAAGAAGCAAGUUCUGGCUGCAUCAUAUCGGAAGGAGACUUGUUCAUCACAGGAACCCAGGCCGGCCUAUUAAACAUUGCAGACCAGCAGACCACAUUUCAUCCAUCAGAAUUUUAUAAAAUCUGUACAGUGGAACCUUCAAAUGAUUCUCUCAAGCAAGUUCUUCAGCACUGCACUGGAUGGCAAUCUGUACCGCGACCAGCUGAUCAGUUACCAGCUGCUGUACAAUCCUAAAAAGACAGCCCUCCUAAAUUCAGACGCCUUAAUUGUGUCCCUUUCAAACCAAUUUUCAAGUUCUAUAGUACUGUUUUAAGAAUACACAUGUAUGAUUUUAUCUUCAGUAGUAAAAGGAUCCUGAGUCAGCUUUUCAUUGUGUUAAGAGGCAAAGUUGCUAUUGUUAACAUAUAAAAAGUUAUUAUAUCAGUAUUAUAUUAUGAGUUAGUUUAUUAUUA